UUCUCGCUUUGUCCAAGGCUCAUAUUCACUCUUUCACUUUAUUCCAGGACCCGACUGACACAGCCAUGGGAAAUAAACACUCCAAACGAGAUGCAUCCAUAAUUCCUCCAUUUCUCAGCGAACCAUGGAGGACAAUAAACUGGGGAGACAAACAGAGCGCUCUGCAGAACAUGAAGAACUACAAACCUCAUGAUGAAGGCCAGCAGCUCAGGAUUCUUCUUCAUGGCCCAGCUGGAGCUGGAAAGUCCAGUUUCAUCAACUCUGUUCAAAGCCUGUUACAUGGCAGAAUGUACACACUGGCUUUGGCAGAUAACAUCUUUCACGGCAGUUUCACCAGGAAGUACACAACCUACAAGAUCCAAAAAGAAAGUCCACAGUCCUUUUACCCUUUUGUCUUCAGUGACAUCAUGGGUCUGGAUUCAAACAAAGGUGUCAAAGUGGAAGACAUCAAUCUGGCUUUGAAGGGACAUAUGAAGGACGGUUACAGGUUCAAACCUGAAUCACCGUUGUCAGAGGGUGAUCAAUUCUACAACAAAUAUCCCACUGCCAAUGACAAAGUGCACGUUCUGGCUUGCGUUAUUAAUGCCAACACAAUGUCUCAAAUGACAGAUUUAACUAUAGAGAAGAUUCGGAACGUCAGGCUGGAAGCCAGUCACCUGGGAAUUCCUCAAGUGGCCAUCCUCACCAGAAUUGAUGAAGCCUGUCCUGAAAUCAAACAAGAUUUAAAGAACGUCUACAGGAGCAAGUUCCUGAAGGAAAAGAUGGAGCAGUUCAGUGCAGAAGUGGGUAUUCCCAUGAACUGCAUCUUCCCUGUGAAGAACUACCAUGAAGAAAUCAACCUCAACAAUGACGUUGACUCGCUGCUCCUGAGCACGCUGACAAACAUCAUCAACUUUGGAGAAGACUGCAUCAACUUCAAAAAGAGUCAGUCUGAAUGUUGAGACAGAUGUACGGGUAUGCUCCUAAAUGUUCUCAGAUAACAGUGGUCCUGCAUACUCAGCAGCUAUAAUACCAGGUGUGUGCUUCAUGUAAAGUGCUGCCAGUGAAUAAUGUAGCCAGAAGUUCCUUUUUACUGGUGGUGUUCAGCUUCAUGUUGGGUCAGCGGGACAUUUUUAUGGAUCAGGGUAACAGAUUGAUAAUGUCAUUUGAAAUGGCAUUGUUACUUAAGCUGUUUUUGUUUUUUGAUGUGGAGUUUUUUUUUAUUUCUUUAAUUGUGGUGAUGUGCUUUUGGAUUUUAGUCUCAUGCUUCUUUCUGUUUUCUUUGUUUUCUAACAUCGUGGGGCCAUGUUGAAAACAAAUGUUUUCCUUUAGAUAUUCGUACUGUGUCUGAUAAUCUAUAAAAUCAAUGUUUGAAUGCAGCAUAAAAAGGCUGUAUUUCAUUACAAACAAUCAGGUUUUAUAACAAUCUUGUAUAUGAAUUCCUGAUUUUUUGAAUAUUUGUAUGUUUUAGUGUAAAGCCCCUGAAAACAUGGCUUCAAAUGUUUUUAGUAUUUCUUCCCAACAUUAAAUAUUUAUGACUAAAUUAGCAACAAUUAAGGUUUUAAAAAAACAAAACAAACAUCUUUGGUUAUUCUUUCUGAAGAAUCUAACAGUCAGAACCUGAGUUAAUCUGGUUCUAUAGGAGUGUGUGAUCAGAUUUAACUGACUAACUAUUUGAGUCCUGCCCACUCAAAUCAGAGAAAAUUGUGAAAUAACUAAAAGUGUUAAAAACAGAAUGGAGUGUUCAUGUAAGAUUUCAUCGCUUAUAAUGAGUAGCUCUGAGAAAAACUAAAAGGGGUUCGUUAUACUGUAUCAACAUUACUUCACAAUCAGUGUCUUUUAAGUCUUAUUAAAUACAUAAAUAUAAUACUAUGUAGGAGAAUAUUAAUGCGAUUUAUCAGACAUUUACAAGCUGCACAAUGUAAAGCUUCAAACAUUUUGUUUUAUUGCAGCAUAAAGAAAAAAAAUGACACAUUCAUCAAGACGAUUCUAUUGUUCCUGUUUGUUUGUGUUGUAAAUGCUAUUUUUAUCUUCUCUUUAAGGUGGAAUGUGCAGGAAUAAGUGUCUUUAUAAGUUACUGAAUUUUGUGAAGUCUUAACAGUGAGCUGCUCUCAUAACUUUAAUUAACUUUUUAGUGGACUUCUUUAUCAUGCAUAUAUAUGUGAGGCCUUAAAUUCAGAGAUUAAAGGAGCCCAAAUUUAUAUUAAGGAAC